AUGUCGACGCCAUGGCGUGCGCCCACGGCCGCUAGCGCGGCCUUGGCCGCCGCGCUCGGGACCGGAGCCUGGUGGGCAUGGUGUGCCUGGCGCAGGCAGAGGCGGCAGGAUGGCCCUUGGUUCCUGCGUGGCGUCACCAUUCUGGAUGACCUCUCUCCCAGUGGCUACCGCGAAGUCGAUGUCCUCCUAGGCCUCGAUGGGCGCAUCGACCUGGUUUGUGCAUCGGCCCGGAGGCCGCCAGGGGCGCAAGUGAUCGAUGGCAGCAGGAAACUGCUACUGCCAGGCUUUGUGAAUGCGCACACGCAUAGCAGUCAGAUGUUGGGCAGGGGCCUGGUUUCACCUCUGCCGUUGGAUCUGUGGAUCCUCCAGAUGUUGGCAGUCACAGGCGCAGCGAUGGAGAAGUUCGAUUCUCGCGCCCAGGCGGCCUAUGUCGCCGCGCUCUUCUGUGGCGUGGAGUGCCUCAUGUCAGGCUGCACAGCUUUGCAGGACCAUUGCUUCGUCCUGUCGUUUGCAGAGGCUGAAGCAGCCUGCAAGGCUUACAAGGAUUUGGGUCUCCGUGUUUUCUUUGCGCCGAUGCUCAACGACGAUAAGGUCCUUUACGAAAACUACGUGCCGCGCAGUGGGGACGCCGCGGCACGCAAUGCGCGCGGCGAGCGCGGCGGGCUGGGCCCCGAGGGCAGCUGGCGGACGGAGGUGGGUGCCAGCGACGAAGCGAAGUGUCGCGCCAGCUUGGCGCUCUGGGAGGAGUGCGCACAAAAGCUGCAUGAUCCCGAAAAUGGGGUGAACAUUGUCAUAGGCCCAGUGAGUUUGUAUUCAUGCAGCGCUAAGCUCUUGAAGGGCGCUACGGAGCUGCGAAAGAAGUAUCAACUCAAUGGACAUACACAUGUCCUGGAAUCGAGAGGUCAAAAGCUCGAGGCUGCACGACGCUUCGGUGCCAACGGAGGCUCCGCAGUGUCCUUCCUGGAGUCCACCGGUUUCUUGGAGGUGCCUGGGACAAGCACUUCGCUGGCACACUGCUGUUGGCUAGAGGAGUGGGAGAUGCAAAUCAUCGCCCAACAUCACGCGGCGGUGGUGCACAACCCAGUCUCAAACCUCCGCUUGGGCUCUGGUGUUUGUCACGUGCGCCGGAACCUUUGCAACGAUGUGACUGUGUCCUUGGGUGUGGAUGGGGCGAUGUCUUCGGAUGGGCUGGCAGCGCUGGGCCAAGGGAUCCAAGGGCAAGCCUCGCCACUGCCUGAAAGAUGUGAAGCUUUUGGCGGUGACUUCUAUAGGCAGAGCCUGGCAGAUUUUGUGCCCUUCCUCGACUUGUCCGUUUGGGAUGCCCAACGGGCCAAGAAUCAUUGCAGAGUUCAGGGCGAGGCUUGCUUUGUGGUGCAGAUUCAGGAUGGCCAAAUCUACAUUCUGGAUGAAAAAACGGGAUUCCAGAGCCGUAACCGACUGACCAUGCAGAUGUUGCAGCGCGUGGCGGCCAAGUUUGGACCUUUGCCCGACGCGGAGUUCGUGGUGGAUACAUCCGAUGGCUACUCCCAUGUGGAGGGACCCAUCUUCGUGAUCGCCAAGUUUCCCUCGUCCCCCGGUGGCAUUUUGUAUCCCGACUUCUCUUCCUAUGCCUGGCCGGAGUCCGAGUGCCCCUCAGAAGCCGUGGGGUCCCACGUCUGGGCCCGGGCCGCGGCAAGGAUUUCGAGCCGGGCCUCAGGGUGGCAGGAGAAGUCCGAGCAGCUCUUCUGGAGAGGUGCGGCAACGUCCUCCUACCGGAAACAGGUGGUACCAGACAUUGCUGCUUUGCCAUUUGCCAACGUCUCGGUAAUGACCUGGGUGGUGGGAAGCGCAGGGCAAAGGCAAGUAGUGAGUUCAGGAGACAACAGCUGCGUGCCCAUUGAUGAGUGGUGCCAACACAAGUACUUAGCCAACUUGCCCGGACACACCAUGGCUUUGGCCCUGAAGUAUCGGCUUCUCUGUGGUUCGGUGGUCGUCAGCAGCCCUUUGAUGUACCAUGAAUGGUACUACAGUCAGCUGAAGGACCAAGAGCACUUCGUUUCGGUGGAUUUCACCUGGUCCUCUGCAGCAGAUGUCUUGGCAGCACUUCGGGGCAACCCAGGGUUGGCGGAAGGCAUCGGAGCAAGAGCGCGGGAGUGGGCAGAAAGUCACUUGACGGAGGAUGGCUUUGACUGCUACUGGCUGCAGCUGAUUCGCCUGGCACAGCAACAUUUUCCAGCACCCCAGCUGAGCUCGGCGUCGCUGCCCAUCGAGGCAGUUGCACUGGGCCACGGUCACCAUGCCUUGGAGGGUCCCUUGGAGGUGCCUCAGCGGCAACGGAUGGAUGUGAUCACAGUGAUUCCUGCGCGCGCGAAGGAUGUGGAGCUGAUGGACUAUGCCAGAAGCACGUGGUUAGGAGUCCAGCUUCCAGGUUUUACUCAUCGCCAUUUCUUCAUCAUGGCGGCUGCGGACCCAGACAUUGGAAUGCUGGGGCACGAGGAAGAUCUACUGCUGGUGGAUUGCCCCCAUGGGUACCGACAGCUGAUGCAAAAGAUGGUCAUGGCCUAUCGUCUUUUGCUGGAUCGCUUUGAAGUGAAAUUCUUCAUCCGUGCGGAUGUGGACUCAGUGUUGCCCCUGGAGUUCUUGCUGCCGCUUCUUCCCAGGGCUGCUAAUGGGCAAGCUGUGGUUCCCUUGCCGGCCUCGAACUGUGGAGAUUUGGGUCGGUGGCGAAUGCCAUCCAUUGGGCACUUGCAAUGUCAGAUCGAAUGCGCGAUGGAUCGGCAGUGUCACUAUUUUCAGGUAGAUUCAGCUGGAGAUUGCACGACCUUCACGACCUGUACUCCCAUGAAAUCUCGCAGUGCAGCCGUCUUCAAGUAUGCUUUGCGUGCGUCGGGCGAUUUGGAGUUGACCGAGAAUCAUGACCGUCCAUUCAUUCUGGGAACGAUCCUACAUGGGAAUAAGGUUCUGAUCAACGACAGCUACAAUCCACAGUGGAACAACUUGGAAUACAGCCAAGACUUGGGCUUGUCUGUCUACCCCCCAUAUCCCGAGGCCUCUGGCUAUGCCAUGUCAGCUGACAUUGCCGCGUUUCUGGCAUCGGUUGGGAUGGCUUCCCUGGCUCAAUUGCAGUGGAAGGCUUGGGCCAUUGAGGACACUGCCCUGGGUACCAUCCUGGCAGGGCUCAGCUUUGACCUGCUUCAGAUGCCCACGGAGGACAUGACCGAAGCCAUCAAGCUGGCCUGCUUAUUGUCGACCCUGAGCAGCGUGGACUAUCGGCAGUGGCUCACGGCCAAGGAGGCACUGAAGCUGGCGUCGGAAGGGGGUUACGCUGCCAUGGGCAUGCAAGGAGCAGGAAAGAUUGAGGUGGGUUGCGUGGCGGAUGUGACCCUGUGGGAUCUCACAGCCAUGUCGCUUCUCCCUCGGGGCGACCCCGCCAGCCUCCUGGUCUUGGGUCGUCCCCAACAAGGGCCGGGCCAGGCCGGUAGUGCUCUGCAUUCCUCCUUCGUGCGCGGCCGGCGCGUGGUGUCUGGAGGCCUGCCCUUGACCUGCAACCUGCGACGCCUACGGGAGACCCUCUGGCGUCACAGCGAGCCGCGCGCCACCGGCGCGGCGGCCAUGGACCCAUUGGCGCGGCCCAGCGCGGAGAUGCAGCGGGCGGCGGAGGUGGAGUACCGCGGAGCAGUAGGAUUGGAUGGCAGCGAAGGACCGCGCCAGCUCUCGUCCCACUUGGCGCUCAGGACCAUCUGGGACUAUGCGGGGGCCUGUUUACCCAGCCGUGCGUAG